AUGGCGGCCACACCAAACAACAGACCGGUGGAUUUCUAUGUCAUUCAAGGAACCAGAGAAGUUAUCAGGGCCGGAGAUUGCGUGUUUAUGAAAUCAUUAUCUGCACCUAGUUCUGUAGCUCGGGUAGAAAAAUUACAAGCUGACAGACAUAGUAACGUUGAAUUUGAGCUAAGAUGGUACUACAAGCCCGAACAUACUCUAGGUAGAAGAAGAUCAUUUCAUGGUGAAAAAGAGUUAUUCAUGUCUGACCACUUUGACACUCGGGAUGCAACCAUUAUCACAGGAAAGUGCAAUAUAUAUUCAGUAGAUCAAUAUGCCAGACUAAAACAUGUUGGUCCCGAAGAUUUUUAUAGUCGUUUCCAAUACCAACAUGUUUAUGGAAUUAUGACUCCUGUUCGUGUUAAAGUGUUUUGCAAAUGUGAGUUGCCGUAUAAUCCCGAUGAAUUAACGCUACCAUGUUCUACCUGCGAUGAUAGGUUUCAUCCUAUGUGUAUAGGAAUGACUCUUGAGCAAAUAAAAAAGCUAACUCAUUAUAUUUGUGAUGAGUGCUCUUAUGAUGAUUGCUCAACAUCUUCCGAGUAUCCCCUGGCCAUGAUGGAUGCCAAUAAGAAUGUCACAGCUGCCUCUAGCAAAAUAAGUUCAUCAGCAUCUUCCACAUCAGUAAAAGGUGUGAAGAGAGCUUGUAGUGAAUUAGACACUCUUGUGGAAGAGGAAGAAGAGGCACUUGGUGACCGGGAGGAAGGAAUGGAUGAAAAUGAAGUGUGA